CAUCACACGUGAAAUAAUCUAACAUUUAGGUUGAGUACAAUAUACAAUAAUAAAUGGCCGAAUUCCUAUCAGACCUAUCUAAUUUCUAAAAUCUUUCUGAAAAACCUCCCAACAGUAUGUACAAUGGUUUCAUCUGAUGCCAGGAAGCAAUAUCUAAAUUUAUCUCUAGCACUUAGAAGUGCAAAACUAGGAGUGACUGCAUCUAUCUCAUCCAUGGCUACCUUCCUAAUUUGUACAACAUUAUUACUGAUUCAUUUAAAUAACACAUGAAAUUCAUCCCCAACAUUCUGGGUGUUACAUAAGGAACAAUAUCGCAAGGACCGCUGUAUAUUUUUCUGUCGUCCAGUUUCAAUAUCAAAAUUAUGUGCUGACAAUCGGAUUUUCGUGAUUGCCUUCCGAGCUGCAACGUAUUAAUAUUAGGUUCUCAUGUAGCACGUUUCCAUGUUUCCCUGUUCAAGCGCUUUUUGGAAUGCCAUUAAUUACCCCGGUCUCCACAGCAAUCAAUCAGGGGUUUCAAGAAGCAACCAGAAGGCACUCACUUGAGCUCGAUAGUAGGGGAAGUAAGGAGUGACUCAGCCGCGAGUCGAACCCACGACCUUUUGAUCAUGACUCUCUCACUGCACUAUCUGCUGCCCCAUGACACCAUGUGCAGCAAUCGCUCAGUUCUAUUUCAGAGAACCACCUAUGGAGUACAUUUUUGCCUUGAAUAACAAUGUUGAAACCCCUAGAAUCAGAUUUAACACAUGUCACCACAUUUAAGUUCUCGUGAGAACAGGUGAAUUUGACCCGCUACAGAUGUGUUGACUGAAAUGUAUUGUUGAAGUUUGCGGCUAGACAUUUUAAUUUCUGCGGUGAUUGCUUUUUGUCAUUUUAUGAUACAUUAUCUUAAAUUCCUCUUGAAAAUUAAAUUUCAUUGAUGUACAUUUUUCAAUCUUGUCUAUCGCAAAAAAACGGGGGAAAUGAAGUUUUAAUUAAUUUUGAUCAUGAAAAUAUUAGGUCUUCUGCUAAUUGUUGCUUUAAAUAGUUGUCGACAUGUGCAAUAAACAAUUUUUAAAUUGUGUUGUUUUUAACGCGGAACAAUAGUUAUCAUAUUAAUUCCAAAACGUUUCUGCCCAUUCAAUGUGUCGUGAGAUACGAUUCUGUCCGGUAUGAUGGCGUCCAACGGAUUUACAAACGGUUUUUCCCAUGUGAACGGUUUUGACAGCCAAAAAUCCAAGAAGGAUCUUGGUUUUAGUCAUCACGCCGGGAUUCAUGAGGCUGAUGCACUGCCCGAAAUAGAUGACCAACAGGAUGAGGACGUUUGGUACCAUCGAUCGCCAUUGAUGUCUGCUGCACCCUUUAUGGACGAUGAGAUUUGUCAGAAGAUACGGGACACUAUCGAUUUCAGUAAACAGAUCACUAAGGAAAUGGCGAUGAAUGACACAGCCGGUCGGCCAGUGAGAGUGUACGCCGAUGGCAUAUACGACAUGUUCCACUCCGGCCAUGCCAGACAGCUAAUGCAGGCUAAAAAGGCGUUUCCCAAUGUUUACCUAAUUGUUGGUGUUUGUGAUGAUGAACUUACCCACAGAUUAAAAGGAAAGACUGUGAUGAACGAACGGGAACGCUAUGACGCUCUUUGUCAUUGUCGCUACGUCGACGAAGUGCUGUUCGGCGCCCCCUGGACAACCGAUAUAGAAUUCCUCGAAAAGUAUAAGAUUGACUUCAUUGCUCACGACGAUCUUCCGUACAACGCGUCAGGAUCGGAGGAUAUCUACGCGUGGGUGAAGAAGGCGGGCCGGUUCGUAGCGACGCAGCGAACUGAAGGUAUCUCGACCACGGACGUGAUUGCGCGAAUCAUUCGAGAUUAUGACAUGUACGUGCGGAGGAAUCUGUCGCGAGGAUACUCCCGUAAAGAACUCAAUGUUGGCUUCAUGAAGGAGAAGAAGAUUCAAUUCCAAGAAAAGUACGAGACUAUUAAAGACAAGGGCAAGAGCUUGGUGGGGAAGAGCAACGAACUCAUACAGAAGUGGGAGGACAGGUCGCGGGAAUUCAUCGGAAAUUUCCUGGAGAUGUUCGGUGCCGAUGGUACAAUUAAAACGUGGUGGUCCGACCAGAAACAGAAAAUGGUGCGCGCAAUUUCCCCAACCUUCGACGACGGAGCCAGCAGCAGUUCAGAUCCCCCAAGUCCAAGAGAUGACGCGAGGCAACGAAAAAAACUCAAUUUGAAUAGCGAUGAUGACGACGAUUCAAUAACAGACGAAUUUUAGAUCGCUGAAAGUUUUUUUUGCCAAUUUAUUGAUUUAGAAAUGAUAUCAAAUCCCCACGGUAUUAAGUUCAAUGCAUUCCUGUAACCAAUUCUAUGAUGCAUACUUGACUAGAAUCAAUGAGAUAGCCAGAAAUCUUAUCUCGGGAUUACGCAUAAAACAUAUUGUUUGCAACUGUAUAUAAUGCAAUCUAACUUAUAAGAAUUUAAACUAUCCAUCGCAAUGACAUGCUAUUGUUCUUUCCAGGUCAUACUGCUCUAUAUUCAUUUAUAAAUUAUAAUGCAAUAUUAACCUAUGUCUACUUAUUCUGAUAAUUUCAAUGUUUCGUGUAGCAGUGAAUAUAGGACUUGACAUUCUCGUGUAUGGCUCGAUGGCAGUGCCAAUCUGUACUGUGCGGAAAUAUCACACUUAAGGAUAAUUGCACUUUUGGUUAAAUCCUGACAAGAGGAAGAAAAAACAAACUUUUUUUAAUAUAAAAACUACUGAUUGUUGUUGAUGUCAAGUCCCUGGGUUGUGUCAGACUUCAUUAAACGUCACGAUCCUUUGUAAGAUUUGCCAAAUGGAAGUAAAUCGUUCCAAAAGUGUGAUUUUUCUACACAGGGUGGCGUUGAAAUUGAGCCGUGAAUGAGAUCAAGUCUGGUAUGGCUGACAAUGCUGUAAAGAGAGUUGGUUUAAUAAUCUCUUGACACCUUCAGCACCGGUUUUUCAGACCCCAGAAGAAAAAAAAAGUAUAAGAGAUGGCUGCAUAAGGUCUUUUGCAGUAACUUCUCCAAGAUAAGGUCUUUAUGAAUCAAUAGAGUUAUGUUAGCUACACUCCUUUACUGUAUUUUAUUUUUUGGUUGAAAAAUGACCAAAAUGACCCCUUUUCCAAUUUUUAGUUCCUGCCUUGCCGUGAAGAUGGCAAUGGCGUAGUUCUUUCAUGAAGUCAUUUCUGAACUACGCCAUCGGCAUCUUCAGGUCAAGGUAGGAGCAGAAGACCAAACGGUCUUUUCACGGUAUUUUCAGUUCCUACCUUGCCCUGAAGAUGGCAAUGGCGUAGUUCUUUCAUGAAGUCCAUGAGACUCCGAUAACCAGCUCAAAGAGGGGGGAUUUGGGCCACGUUGAUCUAUGUGGUUCGGCGCUGAAGGUGUUAACUGUCAAUGAUUCAGCUAAUGACUUGUAAAUAAAUGUGAAGUUGGAUGUGGUCUGCCUGCGUGCUAUCUGUGUUUUUUGCUAUUAUAUUAUGCUCUGUCCUAAUUUAUAGUUAGAUGAAGUUGUUUUAGUGGUGCUAGGGUUAACUGAAGAGUCUGACUUUAUGAUUAUUAGCCAGAUUUAUGAUUUUUUUUUCACUAAUCUUAACUGACACUUCCAGCCUGAAACCUAAUUUGGCUACCCUUACAGGCUGAAGCCAUUCAUUAGAAAUUUAUAUUUGAACUUGAAAGUUUUCUUACCAUGUUUUUUUUUAAAUAUCUAUGUAAAAAAUGGCUUUCGAUUCCAGUUGUACUUUUGCUCAAGAAAGGAUGACUUGUCCUGCUGUAUUUUUGUCAUGAAAACUGCCAAAUUUUCCACUGCUUUAUUUUUUGGCAAUUUUGGCAGGUCAUACAUGUAUAUAAACUUCCCUUUUAGUUUUUUAGCUCAGCUGACGUAGUCAGCAGAGCUUGUAAAAAUAAAAUGGUUCGAUGUCAGCGAGUCAGGCAGUCAGUCAGUCAGUCCAUCUGUAAACAAUUGUGCGUCGUUUUUCCAACGCAGCAUGCACAUAUCUCAUUUUUGACAAAACGAUGUAUAAUGGUGGUAUCUAUGUAUAUAAGAGAAGUCGGGACAAAAUUCCAUCGAUUUUCGGGACUUUGAUACGAUUUUUGUGAAGAUCUUUAUGAAGUCAAUACAUCAAGAAAAUGGCGGCGAUGAUUUUGUAA